AUGAAUCCAGAUGGGAGGGCGAUCCGCGUCCUGGCAGUGCUGGAUGCUUCGGAGCCACACACGUUCGUUGAACCCACGAAGAGGAUCCAUGAAUCGCAAGACGUAUCCGCCUUCCUCUCCUCCAAAGCUUAUUCGGACAUUAUGACUUUCAUACUGCAGCUAAAUCGAGCAAUGUUCCCUUCAAAACUCCCUGAUGGCACUAUACAAACCUGGCCGUUGGGCUCCGAUGCCGUACAAUUCUCCGCGCCUGUCCGUCAGUUACAACGACUGCUCUCGAAGCUUGAAGAUAUCGUACAAGAGGUCCCGCCACACACCGGACCUCGGAGAUUUGGAAACAUUAGUUUUCGGAAAUGGCAUGAGGUGUUGGCUAGUCGAGCGUCGGAUUUACUCAGAGAAUGCUUGCCGGCGGAGCUUUUGGACAAGCGCUCGUCCACGGGCCAGGGAGUGACUGCAGAAGCGGAGCUCAAGGCAUACUUCCUCGGAAGUUGGGGCAGCGGACAGAGGCUGGAUUAUGGCACAGGUCAUGAAUUGAGCUUUUUGGCUUUCCUUGGUGCUAUAUGGAAACUACACGGGUUUCCGCAGUCUGAGUUUGGGGUAGAAGAGAGAGCGCUUGUGCUCGGGGUGAUCGAGCCGUAUCUGGAGCUCGUCAGAUUACUUAUCAAGACAUACACACUUGAGCCAGCAGGCUCUCAUGGUGUCUGGGGCCUUGAUGAUCACUCCUUCAUCCCAUACGUGUUUGGCUCGGCUCAAUUAUCUCCAGCUAUUGAAGACACCGAUCUCACCCCAGAGGAAGGCUCGUUACCAGAUGUACCGAACACAAAUGCAGUUAUGAAGUUGAACAUUGUGGAACGUGAAAGGAGAUCGAACCUCUACUUCUCGGCAAUUGGGUUCAUCUACGAUGUGAAGAAGGGCCCAUUCUGGGAGCACAGCCCGAUGCUUUAUGACAUCUCUGGAAUUCAAGCUGGCUGGGGUAAGAUCAACAAAGGAAUGAUCAAAAUGUACAACGCAGAGGUUUUGUCCAAAUUCCCUGUGGUGCAGCAUUUCCCCUUCGGAUCCCUCUUCAGCUUCGACCGUGACCCUAAUGCUGUCAUGCCUCCAACCACUGUCCAUACGACAUCUGGCCCGCAAGGACGUCCUGUUGUACCAGAUGCGGGCCCGCCAUCAUCUUCUACGGCGCGACCAAGCGCAGAACCCGGCACCAAAGCUCCUUGGGCCACAGCGGGCUCCAGCACUCGCGCGCCAACGGCAGCGCCGUGGGCAACCGGAAGAUCAACCGAGCCAUCAAGGGCACCUGCAACGCUCCCUGAUACUUCGCGCCUACCACCAGGGCCGAUGGCUCCUACCAGAGCUCCCUGGGCGGGCGCGCAGACUCAGUCGCCACCACCAGGGGGUGACGGGCCUACCAAAGCCCCUUGGGCUAAAUGA